AUGGUUAUUGACUUUCUUUUGAAAUUGCAGUGCAGCGGCGGACCACCACCCUGUAAAUCCUGCAAGAUUGCGGAUGCCGAAUGCGUCUUCGACGAGUCCCUAGACCUGAGGCGGAAGGUCGCGGCUAAACGAAACCUCGAGGAGUUGUCCUAUUACCGAAGCCUGCUAUACGCUCUCCUUGAGUCACUUCGCAAUUCAGACGAGACCGAAUUGAACAAAAUCCUGGAUCACAUACGCGGUUCUCCAUCGCUCAACAGCAUUGCGGCUAUCGUGGCAGGGCCGACCAUAGACCCAAGCGAUGUCAGUUCUGAGGACCUCAAAGGUGGUUCUGAGGAGUCCAGCUCGCAAGCUGGCUCGCAGGAACCCGUAUACCUCGAUAUACACUCUCGAAUAACCAUGGAGAAGCUUUGCGAUAUUCCUCUAGUCCAGGUCCCUGCUAAGCCUUGGACAGCCGUCACCCAUGAUGGUCAACUUGUUUCGCAUCUGGUCUCUUUAUACUUUACCUGGGACAAUCCCCUAGUGCAGAUCGUGGAUCAGAAGGUCUUCCUGGAGCAUAUGAAAGCAGGGAAGACGAACUCGGAGUUCUGUACGCCGUUACUGGUGAACAGUGUUCUGGCCAUGGCAAGUGUGUACUCUGAUUUCCCUGAUGUCUUUGCUGUUCCCUCAGAAGUGGCUUCGCGCGGCCGGCAUUUCUUAAUGGAAGCAGAGAGACUUUGGAGAGCCGAGGAAGGCCAGGCUUCUCUGGCGAAUAUCCAGGCGGUAGUCCUGAUGAGUUAUGUUUUGAAAUCUCAAGGGAAGAGUCAACUCGGCUGGCUCAUGCUUAAGCAAGGUGUGCAACUUGCCCAAGAUUUCGGACUCUUCCAGGCAUCAAGAGCAGUACCUCAUAGAACGUGGUCCGUCCAAUCUCAGCGUGUUGCAGCAAUCACUGCAUGGGGGAUUUAUAUCAUGAACUCGCAGGUAUCUAUGGAACUACAAAGGGCACCGGCCUUAAAACAUCCGGACUCCAACCUGUUCAGCGAGGAAGAAGCUACCGAAAAAACCAUGUGGAGUCCAUACCCUCUUACGAACAGGCUCGACUACGUCAGAAAACCGGCCCGUCUUCGUUAUGCCAUGCGGAAGUUGGCCGACCUGACGCUGAUUACGGUGGACAUCCAAGAGCUGUUAUUUGAAAAGGUAUUCGAGACAGCCGUCGAGCGACUCUGGGCAGCGGCGGGGGUGUUCGUUUCGCGCUUAGAAACCUGGCUCGUAGAUCUGAAGGGCGCUAUGGAAGAUGAAGAUCAGUUUAUGCCACACAUGUCGUUCCUGCGGUAA